GGCUCCAAGCGGCCGGCGGCACGGACGCACCGAGGGAGCGGGAGGACGAGGCCGCGGACGUUUUGCUGAGGAGCCGAGCCGUGCCGUGGCGCCGGGAGCCGUCCGGACCUGUGGGUGAGGAAGCGGGGAGUCCGGCGAGGCAGGAGAAGGAGUGGGGCCGGGAGGCGGUGGUCUGAGAGUCCGGCCACAGAUAAGGGACCAAAAUGACUGACUCAAAGUAUUUCACCACGACCAAGAAAGGGGAGAUCUUCGAGCUGAAGGCAGAGCUCAACAGUGACAAGAAGGAGAAGAAGAAGGAGGCGGUAAAGAAAGUGAUUGCAUCAAUGACCGUGGGCAAAGAUGUCAGUGCCCUCUUCCCCGACGUGGUGAACUGUAUGCAGACAGACAAUCUGGAGCUGAAGAAGCUGGUGUACUUGUAUUUGAUGAACUAUGCCAAGAGUCAGCCCGACAUGGCCAUCAUGGCUGUCAACACCUUUGUGAAGGAUUGUGAGGAUCCCAAUCCCCUGAUCCGGGCCCUGGCUGUGCGGACCAUGGGCUGCAUCCGCGUUGACAAGAUCACAGAGUACCUGUGUGAGCCACUCCGGAAGUGCCUGAAGGAUGAGGACCCGUACGUGCGCAAAACAGCAGCUGUGUGUGUCGCCAAGCUGCAUGACAUCAACGCCCAGCUGGUAGAGGACCAGGGCUUCCUGGACACCCUUAAAGACCUCAUCUCUGACUCAAACCCCAUGGUGGUGGCAAACGCAGUGGCUGCCCUCUCAGAGAUCGCUGAGUCUCACCCCAGCAGCAACCUGCUUGAUCUGAACCCACAGUCCAUUAAUAAGCUGCUGACAGCCCUGAACGAGUGCACCGAGUGGGGCCAGAUCUUCAUCCUCGACUGCCUGGCCAACUAUACACCCAAGGAUGACCGGGAGGCCCAGAGCAUCUGCGAGCGGGUCACCCCCAGGCUCUCCCACGCCAACUCUGCUGUGGUGCUGUCUGCUGUGAAGGUGCUGAUGAAGUUCAUGGAGAUGUUGUCCAAGGACCUGGACUACUAUGGCACGCUGCUCAAGAAGCUGGCCCCACCCCUGGUCACGCUGCUGUCGGCCGAGCCGGAGCUGCAGUACGUGGCCCUGCGCAACAUCAACCUCAUUGUGCAGAAAAGGCCUGAGAUCCUGAAGCACGAAAUGAAGGUCUUCUUUGUGAAAUACAAUGACCCCAUCUACGUGAAGCUGGAGAAGCUGGACAUCAUGAUCCGUCUGGCCUCCCAGGCCAACAUUGCCCAGGUCCUGGCGGAGCUGAAAGAGUAUGCAACAGAGGUGGAUGUGGACUUCGUACGGAAGGCUGUGCGAGCCAUUGGGCGCUGUGCCAUCAAGGUGGAGCAAUCUGCAGAGCGCUGUGUGAGCACACUGCUCGAUCUCAUCCAGACCAAGGUCAACUACGUGGUCCAGGAAGCCAUUGUGGUCAUCAAGGACAUCUUCCGCAAGUACCCCAACAAGUAUGAGAGUGUGAUCGCCACACUGUGUGAGAACCUGGACUCCCUGGAUGAGCCUGAGGCCCGGGCCGCCAUGAUUUGGAUUGUGGGCGAGUACGCCGAGCGAAUUGACAAUGCCGACGAGCUGCUGGAGAGCUUCCUGGAGGGCUUCCAUGAUGAGAGCACCCAGGUUCAGCUACAGCUACUAACAGCCAUCGUGAAACUCUUUCUGAAGAAGCCGACAGAGACCCAGGAGCUGGUGCAGCAGGUCCUCAGCUUGGCCACUCAGGACUCUGAUAACCCAGACUUGCGGGACCGUGGCUACAUCUAUUGGCGUCUGCUCUCCACGGACCCAGUGGCUGCCAAGGAGGUGGUGUUGGCUGAGAAGCCACUCAUCUCUGAAGAGACGGACCUCAUUGAGCCCACAUUGCUGGACGAGCUCAUCUGCUACAUUGGCACCCUGGCCUCCGUCUACCAUAAGCCUCCCAGCGCCUUUGUGGAGGGGGGCCGGGGCGUUGUGCACAAGAGCCUGCCACCACGCACUGCCUCGAGUGAGAGCACCGAGAGCCCUGAGACUGCCCCUGCCGGAGCACCCUCUGGUGAACAGCCGGAUGUCAUCCCCACCCAGGGCGACCUGUUGGGUGACCUCCUCAACUUGGACCUCGGCCCCCCAGUAGGUGGCCCACCUCUGGCCACCUCCUCAGUGCAGAUGGGAGCCGUAGACCUUCUUGGUGGAGGCCUCGACAGCUUGAUGGGGGAUGAGCCUGAAGGGAUUGGGGGCCCCAAUUUUGUGGCACCCCCAGCAGCAGCAGUCCCACCAAACCUAGGAACAUCCAUGGGCAGUGGUCUGAGUGACCUCUUCGACUUGACCAGUGGCGUGGGCACGCUGUCGGGAUCGUAUGUGGCCCCCAAAGCAGUGUGGCUCCCAGCCAUGAAGGCCAAGGGGUUGGAGAUUUCAGGUACUUUCACCCGCCAGGUGGGUUCCAUCUCCAUGGACCUGCAGCUGACCAACAAGGCAUUACAGGUCAUGACCGACUUUGCCAUCCAGUUCAACCGCAACAGCUUCGGCCUGGCCCCUGCUGCCCCCCUCCAGGUCCACGCACCACUCAGCCCCAACCAGACUGUGGAGAUAUCCCUGCCUCUCAACACGGUGGGCUCGGUCAUGAAGAUGGAGCCUCUGAACAACCUCCAGGUGGCUGUGAAGAACAACAUUGACGUCUUCUACUUCAGCACUUUGUAUCCACUGCACAUCCUCUUUGUGGAGGAUGGGAAGAUGGACCGGCAGAUGUUCCUGGCCACGUGGAAGGACAUUCCCAAUGAAAAUGAAGCCCAGUUCCAGAUCAGAGACUGCCCCCUCAAUGCGGAGGCUGUGAGCAGCAGGCUACAGAGCAGCAACAUCUUUACGGUCGCCAAGAGGAAUGUGGAGGGCCAGGACAUGCUCUACCAGUCCCUGAAGCUGACCAACGGCAUCUGGGUGCUGGCGGAGCUGCGCAUCCAGCCGGGCAAUCCCAGCUUCACGGACUUGGAGCUGUCCCUGAAAUGUCGAGCACCAGAGGUGUCCCAACACGUGUACCAGGCCUACGAGACCAUCCUCAAGAACUGAGGCCCCAACCAGUGCCCACCCCGGCCUUCUGCCAGCCCCAACAAGGAGCCCCCUGGGAGUGGCAGCACCUCCUUCCUGGAGACACUGAGCAAGGCUCUUGGACACCACGGAGUUCCCUGGUCCUGACUGCCGGGCCCACCUGGGUCCUCAGGGCAGGUUAGCAUUCCUCCUGGAGUGAAAUCUCAGUGUACCCCUGUGCCUGGGGACUCCCCUCUUCCGUUGCUGCUGACAGUUAGGGUCAGGUGAGGAGGGGACCAAAGGAAACAGAGCCAGAGAGGCCACAGAAGCUGAUCAGGCAGACCCAGGGUUUUCUCUUCCUUUUCCUGACCAGUUCCUGAAGGGCGAGUGUGUGGCUCCCUCUUCGGGCUCCUGGCCUGGGAAGCCCCUGCCCCUGAGUCUCUCUUGGGUCAGUGUUAGAGGGCCUCCCCAUUAUCUGCUCUCAGGCC